AUGGAUCGAUUUCAUAUCACUGACACGGCCGUCGUUGUUCCUUUCGCACCCCCAUUUUCUGACGACCACGUCCUCCCACUCUCCCACUUCGACAACGACCCCAACCUCCGCGUCACCUUCCGCUACGUCCGCACUUACGUCACUACCUCCACUACCAACUCCUCCGACCCCUUCCACGUCAUCUCCGUCGCACUCUCCACCGCGCUCGUCCACUUCUACCCUAUUUCCGCCUCCCUCCGACGCCGUGUAAACGGUAACCGCCUCGAGUUCUUCUGCUCCAGCGGCCAGGGCGUCCCGCUCAUACGCGCCGCCGCAGAGUCCACUCUCGACUCGCUGAGUCAGCUCAACGACACAGACAGUCAGUUCCUCGAGCAGUUGGUGCCCGACCCGGACCCGGUUGAGGCUAUGAGAAACCCGUGCGUGUUGCAACUCACGGUGUUCAAAUGCGGCGGGUACACCCUCGGAGCCGCCAUAGGGCACUCUCUCUGCGACGGAAUGGGCGCCGUUGUGUUCUUCAACGCCAUGGCAGAGUUGGCGCGCGGGUCGGAUCAGAUUUCAGUACAGCCCAUCUAUAGGUCAGUUUUGCUCCGGCCCAGAGACCCGCCUCGAGUGGAGGCUCCAGUUCUGCAUGAGUUCUUGAAAUUAGACCCGAAAUUCUCGCCGUAUGAACAUGGGAAGCAAUUGGGUCCGGUUUUGAGGGAAUGCUUUAAAGUUAAGGACGAGUAUAUUGAGAAAUUAAAUACCGAGCUAUUGGAGCAGUCUGGGUUGAGCUUCACUACUUUUGAAGCUUUGGGUGCUUAUAUAUGGCGUGCCAAGGUGAGAUCGUCGGAGAUUCCGAUGGACGAAACGGUGACAUUUGCGUAUGCACUGAAUGUUCAGAAGCUAGUGAGCCCGCCAUUGCCGGCAGGGUAUUGGGGGAAUGGUUGCGUUCCUAUGUACGUGAAGCUGAGCGCCGAGGAGUUGAUUAAGAGGCCAAUGUGGAAAGUUGCAGAUCGGAUCAAGAAGAGCAAAAGCAAUGCCACAGAUGAGUAUGUGAGGUCGCUCGUCGAUUUUCAAGAGCUGCAUUACGAUGAGGGAAUCAAUGCCGGAAAAGAAGUGAGCGGGUUCACGGAUUGGAGGCACUUGUGGCACUCGACGGUUGAUUUUGGGUGGGGAGGUCCUGUGACUGUGCUGCUGCUUUCGAGGAACUUGCUUGGGAGCGUUGAGCCUUGCUUUUUCUUGCCUUCUUCUGGAAGCAAUGGAAAGAAAGAUGGGUUCAAGAUUAUGAUGAAUUUGAGAGAGACUGCUAUGCCUGGUUUUAGAAAGGAGAUGGAUAUGUUCAGCAACUAA